GUGGGCUCCUAUGGCGGUCGGCUGCGCUACACCCUGAGCUUCACCCCGGGGGGACAGGGAGCGCCCCUGCCCGACGCCGACGUCCAGAUCACAGGCAAUGACAUCACGCUGGUGGCCUACCAGCCUGACCUGUCCCCACGGACCCCCCAGACCUUCGAGAUCAUUUUUCGGGAGCAAUACUGGCAGCGGCCAGAUGGGCAGCCAGCGACACGGGAGCACCUGCUGAUGGCACUGGCUGAUCUGGAUGAGAUCCUGAUCCGAGCCACCUACUCCACGAGCACGGCCGCCGCCGCCAUCGCCGACGUGGCCAUGGACACGGCCGUGCCCCCCCAGCCCGGCCUGCCCCCCGCCCCCGAGGUGGAGGAAUGUCGCUGUCCCCCCGGGUACCACGGGCUGUCCUGCCAGCCUCACCCCUGA